AUGCCUUUCAUGAUAUCGCUUAGAGAGUCUCUUGUGCGCAUAGAGGACAAAUGGAAGAAGCGUUUACGUAUGGAUGGUAGUCGCGCUGCGUCUACGUUGGGUUCAGGCUCGGACCCGGCGCCUACGACUGAAUUCGCAUCCACCACUUCCGAUGGCUCGAUACCCAUGCAAAGUGCCACUUUUGAAUCUAGUGUUGAUCACAGGGCUCAUACCUCUUGUCCGCCCGGGCAGACUUCGAACACUUGGAUCGCAAUCAGGGUCCUCGUGGCCUCUCUGGAGUCGAGCGCUGAGGCAUUUGGACCCCUCAAAUCAGCGAUAUCUGGACUGAAAGGGUGCAUUUCUAUGUACGAAAACGCAGGCAAGGAGAGCAAGGAGUACGAAGACCUGAGGAUCAAACUGGAAGAGAUUCUCAACGAUAUUACUGAGCACAUCAAGCAGCCAAUAGGGAUUGUGACGACGACCAGCGUGAGAAGGAUCUAUACCGAGAUUGAAGAAGAAGCAAGGAUGGUGGCGGAAAAACAGGCCAGGGCGAUAGGAAGACAACUGAUGGAUGCAAUGAUGGGGUAUGACGGUAUUAUGGAAUGCUAUCGGCGGAUUGAUGGUCACCUGCAGCGAUUGGGGCUGAACGCGAGUAUGAGUACCCUGAAAGCGGUGAACGAACAGACGAUGGAAUCACGAUUGGCUAAAAUGUCACCUACCAUGCCGGCCAUCUACGACUCGGCAGAGUCCCAAGACCUCAAGCGAGGGGGCUGCGCGCCGGGCACCCGACAAGUACAAAUCGAGCUGCUAUUGCAAUGGGCGCACAGACCCGAAAUAGGAAGAACAUGCUGGAUGAACGGAAUGGCCGGAACCGGCAAAACAACCAUCGCAUAUAGCAUCUGCGAGCGGCUUGACGCCACCUGCGAGCUAGGAGCCAGCUUCUUCUGCUCGCGGAGUAUCCCAGAGUGCCGUCAAGUCAAGUUUAUCAUACCAUCGAUCGCAUACCAGCUCGCUCGAUUUUCUGCUCCAUUUCGAUUCGCCCUCGACAAGGUGCUCGAAUCGGAUCCCGAUGCGCAUAUGCGAACCCUGAAAAGUCAAUACGAGAAGUUGAUUGUCGGACCGUUGCAAGCGGUUCAGAAAUGCCUACCAACGCACUUUAUUGUAGUUAUUGAUGCGCUGGAUGAAUGCGAGAACGAGGACAGCGUCGGCCAAAUUCUGGAUCUACUACUGUCGACUGCAUACGACCUGCCUGUCAGGUAUCUGGUAUCAAGCCGGCCCGAGAGGGCGAUCACGCAACGAAUGGAAGAAUCCAGCGAUGGGAAAGAAGACGUACGGCUGGUACUUCACGACCUCAGCUCAGACUCGGUGAAAACAGACAUCGAAGCAUACAUGCGAUACGAACUGCAGCAUGUUCCAUUGACAGAUGCUCAGUGGCCGGCGGUAAUCAACUCAUGCGGGGUCCUGUUCAUCUAUGCGUCCACUACGUGUCGCUACCUCAAGCAGGCUCACGAGACCAAGACCCUGGCGGAGGUUAUAAAUAUUAUUAUGAACCCGACUCAUAGGUCGAUGGAACACGAAGGCGAUAACGCAAUAGACGAAUUAUACACUACGAUACUCGAUGCAGCGUUCAACAAGUCUGGGUUUACCAAGACGAACAAAAAACGAAUGAAGAACAUCCUGGAGACCGUGAUAUGUGCGAUCAAACCCAUGACCCUAGAUGCUAUCGCAGAUUUGGCAGGACUGGAAAGUGGCCAACAAGUCGAUGCGUUGCUGAGGCCCCUAAGAUCGGUUCUAAAUGUGACCAGACAAACUGGGCUCGUAAACUCGCUGCAUGCCUCAUUCCCUGACUUUAUACUCUCCCCGGAACGGUCCGGCUCGUAUCACUGCCAGCCGAACAUCCGACAUGCCAGGAUGGCCGAAGCUUGUUUACGGCUCAUUGAUGCGAUCGAACCAAAAUUUAAUAUAUGUAAUUUGCCUUCGUCUUACCUCCUCGACACGGAGGUUGAUGACCUCGAUAGACGAGUGGCCCAGUCAAUUUCUCUGGGCCAGAUAUAUGCAUGUCGCUAUUGGUCCGCUCAUCUGAGUCUUGGGGAGUACCGGGACGACCUGGUUGAACUUGUUCACAGAUUUUUCUCAUCGUGUUUACUUCUCUGGAUAGAGAUCACCAACCUAACUAAAAACAUGCGGAAUGGGACAGCGAUUAUUCAGGACGCAGAGAAAUGGUGCAACGAGAAGAGUGUACCCCAAGAAGUAAUACAGCUGGUACACGACGCAUCUCAGUUCGUAUCGGUCUAUGCCAAUCAUCCCGUAUCUCAAAGCACUCCGCAUAUCUAUGUUUCAAUGCUGCCGUUCUGGCCCAGAUCUCGACCGCUCUCGGCAGCGUACAUGCCAAGAGCAUCCGGACUUGUGCAGCCGACAGGAACAGCGAUCGAUCGACGCCGGCUGGCACUCAUCGCCACCUGGAAGGUCUCGACCCAAGACGUGCAGUCGAUGAGUCUGUCAAGAGACGGAAGACGACUUGUGGCACCUACCGCAGACAGCAUCGAGGUGUACGAUACGACGACGGGCGAGAGUGUGGUCAGCCUCGCCGAAGAGCGCACAAAGAAUGUCUUCUCCGUUGCGAUAUCUCCCGAUGGCUCCAAGGUGGCCUUUUCUAGGGAUGGUGGUACCCCAUAUGUGUGGGACACCGCCAACGGAGGCGCGGUCACGCAGCUGCUUUCUGAUGGCGUGUCCGGUGGCUAUUCGCUUGCAUUCUCGCCUGACGGGUCUCGCGUCGCCUGUGGCCUGGAUGACGGAGAGGUGUACACCUGCGCAUUGGGACAAGACGUCAGCAGUCAUGGUCCGCUCACGGGUCAUACAGCAUAUGUCAACUCAGUCGUGUUCUCUUCCGACGGCUUGCAUCUUGCAUCUGGAUCGACCGACGACACCGUGCGAGUGUGGAAUGUACAGACAGGCCAGCCGGUUGGCACGCCCUUCGAGGGUCAUACUGCAGAGGUCUGGUCAGUAUGCUCCUGUCCCACUGACUCCCGCAUUGCCUCGGGCUCACUUGAUAAAACGAUCCGAGUGUGGGAUCCGCAAACUGGCCAGACGGUGCUAGGACCACUCACAGCACAUUCUGGCGCUGUACUCUGCGUCGCGUUUUCGCACAACGGCGCUUUCAUUGCCUCUGGAUCAGCCGACAACACGAUCCGAGUGUAUGACACGCGUACCGGUCACACAGUCCUUGGACCGCUCCAGGGACACACCAGAUCCAUCAAAUCGGUUAUCUUCUCUCCCGACAGCACUCGCCUGUUCUCUUUCUCAGACGACGGCACGGUACGCGUAUGGAACGUGCAAGACAUCGAUACCUCCAAUCCUCUUCCGACUGCCUCAUCUCUUUCCUCGGCUAUCCACUCCAUCCGAUACUCUCGCAGCGGCACACGGGUCGUCUCUGGCUCACAAGAUGGGUCAAUACACGUGUGGGAUGUGGCGACCGGUCAGCUGGUGCUCGGACCACUCCAUGGCCAUGAACUCGAGGUUGUAUCUGUGGACUACUCGGCCGAUGAUCGGUACAUUGUGUCUGGUUCAGGAGACAGCACACUGCGAAUCUGGGAUGGACUGACGGGACAAGACAUCCACGGACCGAUGGAGGGGCAUCGCUAUGAUGUGAACUGUGUGCGAUUCUCACCCGACAGCACGGUCGUUGUCUCAGGGUCUUAUAAGAGCACUGUCCGAAUAUGGGAUGUGAGCACUGGCCAACAAGUGACCCAACUGCUCCAAGGGGAUCGCUCUAUCCUGUCGGUUGGGAUCUCUCCUGAUGGCCAUCGGGUUGUCUGUGGCUCGAUCGAUGGCAAGAUAGUCGUACUAGACCGACAUAGUGGCACCACGCUCGUUGGCCCAAUCGAUGCUCACAAGGACUGGGUUCGUUCGGUGGAGUUCUCCCAAGAUGGCAAGCGCCUCGUCUCAGGGUCGCAUGACAAAUCAGUGAGAAUAUGGGAUGCAGAGACAUGGAAGCAGCUUGUUGUUUGCGGCGAGAGCGGUGGCGCGCAUAGUGACUCGGUCUACUCUGUGUCGUUCUCACCCAACGGUCUGUAUGUUGCAUCUGGGUCUUGGGACCAUACUGUGCGUGUGUGGGACCCUGAGAACGGCAAGCUUAUACACGGUCCUCUGAAGGGACACACCGAUCGCGUGCAGUGCAUCCAGUUCUCACCCGAUGGCUCACACCUCGUCUCGUGCUCGUAUGACCGCACCAUUCGAUUCUGGGACGCAUCGCUUCUGGGAAUACAUUCACACGACAAUGUCAUGAGAGACGCAGACCAUGCAAGGGCAGCUGCAUCCACCCCCGAUCCAGUUGAUCUUCGGUCGCUCGACAGCGAUGGCUGGGUGGUGGACUCACUUGAUCGACGAUUGGCAUGGGUUCCGUCCGACCUCCACACAUAUUUGGCACUUCCACCAAACACUUCUAUUAUUGCCGAUCAAGGAUAUUUUCGACUUGAGACCGAUGGAUGGAAAAUAGGAGACGAGUGGAUGCGGUGUUUUUCAGCGUAG